CAUGUCUUGCUGCGUGACAUUGUUGUACUCCUUCAUUGUGGCGCGGGCGAGAGCUAGAUGGAAACCACCGCAGCCUGCUCUAAACACGGCCGAAGUGCCCCAUCCUCCCGCAUAUCUCGGCUCAGUGGUGGCCUCACCAAGACAUGAACUGCUACCAUUUCCAAGCCAUCUGACGGCGUCCUUGUUCCGUCGAACUUUGGCUCCUGGAAGAGCUUCUAAGUAUUGACGCCAUGACUUUGAAGUAGCAGCUCAGCUCCGGGCCACAACGGGAUACAAAAGCGCUGUCUCUCUCGCCUUCAUCCGAGGGCAUCCCGAGAAGUCACACCUUUCCACCACUCACUUUCAGCUUUCGUCAUGUUCCACUCUCGUUUGUCCAGUCUGUCAGCAGUUACUGCUCUGCUCUCGUUAGCUGCUUCUGAUCCCAACUCCAUCUGUUAUUCCUAUGGUGUGGACUUUGUUGAUGAAGGCCAUUACUUCAUCAACACGCUAUCCAACGAACAGUUCACUUGUGUCUCGACGUUCAAAGGAUGCAACAACGAUGUUGCAGAUGUACUCUUCGUCGACCCCAAUGGGGACGAAGUUCUCUGCUCCCAGAUCCCGACCACACCAGAGGAUACUCCAGAGCUCUCGACAUGUCCCAUCCUCAAGAGCCAAAUGGUCUCAGGAGACUGGAUCAUCCUGAUCUUGGGAAACAAUGAUGAUGGCCAGCCUUUCGCGUGGCAACGAGACCUCUACCUUACCUGCGGCCCGCAAGCUACAACUACAUCGACCCCUACCGCUACUUUCGAUGUCACGUCAACUCCCGUAGUGACAUCGACAUCAACGUCGACCUUCGUCAUCACUUCGGAGUUCGGUCCGACAGCAACAUUCACUCUUCCAUCCGCAACGGCCAAGAAGACGAAAACAAUCACUCCUAAGCCAGUUACGACCACGGCGACGAAGACUUUCACUCGCACCAAGUAUACAUGGACAAAGGAGCUCAGCAUCGUCACAAAGACGGAGACCGCAACAUGCACGACCUCGAAGAGCAAGCCCGAUAAGCCUUGCACUUACUCGCCUACCUUGCUUCAUCCCGCUGCACUGGAGACUCCCACCAGCUUGCCCAGGAUGCAUAGAUUCAUGCGCAAGGCAGACCGUGCGGUCGAUGUUGAAUACGCACGCGCUCGUAUUGAAGCGGCUAAGCUCAAGCGCGACCGGAAAGCUCGAGUGGCCGCACCUAUUGCGAAGCGCGCUCCCGACGAGCCCACAAUCACUAUCACCGCCUCCCCACCCGUCAAUAUCACGGUAACGCAUACGGCUCCCGCCACUACCCAGAUAGAAACGACAGCGAUUACUAGUACCACUACCACUACCCUGCCCCCGGUCACCGUCUAUUCGGGUAUCUACACCUCAACAAUUACUCUUCCGACGCCAACCAAGACGCGGCUUGCAUUCAAAUAUGCGGUCACCACUUCGACGAAGACAUUCCGCGCCACGUGGACUAGCACUACUACAAUUACGCCGAGCGCAUCGAUUCCUGCCUGCAAAUCCCGCGGUGGCCACUUCGGCGGCAAGAUUUAGGUUUCCCCCACUUCAUUUUCCCUUGCAUUAUCAAGCUCUCCGGCCAUCCUGUGUUUAGGGCUCGGCGCAUGGUUGGUAUAGCGUUUCAACUCGGCGCGAUAGUUUCGAAUGAAUCGUAUCUCUUUUC